CUUGGAGCCAAACGAAAUACUUUUGUAAUUUAAGCCAUGGCUCGAGAUGAGGACAAUGGAUUUGGCGAUUGGGGCGGCUACUUCGAAGCCAAGAAAUCCAAGCUAGAAGAGCAGUUCUCCGCCGCCAGCGAUCCAUUUCGCAAAACGAACUUAUUUGCCGGCAUUUCGAUCUUUGUUAAUGGCCGAACCAAUCCCUCUGCCGACGAACUAAAAAGAAUCAUGAUGGUGCACGGGGGAACCUACCAUCACUACGAACGUUCCCACACCACGUUCACAAUCGCCACCAAUGUGCCUGACGUUAAGGUGCGGAAUAUGAAUUUGAGCAAGUUCAUCAGCGCCCAGUGGGUAGUAGAUUGUCUGGAAAAUGAGAAAAUCCUGGACUACAAGCCAUACCUGCUCUACACCAAUCAGAAGACUUCCCAGCCCCGCCUUAAUUUCGGAAAGUCAAAGAACGACAGCAACAAUGAAAGCAAACUGGGAGAACCGCCUUUGGAAAAGACAGAAUCGAACUUGGAUGGGAUACUCAAGGAGCUGCAACAGGCUGUGGCUGCUUCUCCAGAGAAGGAGGCAAAGAUCACUAACUUGUCCACCACCAGCAACACCUCGCAUAAUGCCAUGACUGCUGUAGAUCCUGGAUUCCUUAGUGAAUUUUACAAAAACUCGCGACUGCAUCACAUUGCCACCCUGGGAGCUGGAUUCAAGCAGUAUGUCUGUGAGCUAAGACAAGCCCAAGGCUCCAAGGGGUUCCCCAAAAGACAGGAUCUUAAAUCCCUGUUGAAAAGUACCAAGGUUGGCUCCAUGAGGUACGUAAUGCACAUCGACAUGGACUGUUUCUUCGUCUCUGUGGGCCUGAGAUCCCAUCCGGAACUGCGCGGCCUGCCGGUAGCUGUGACACAUUCAAAGGGAGGGAGCUCAGCGACCGAUGUUCCAGUGCAUCCUCAGGCGGAUAGGCAGGCGGAGCUGGAACUCUUUGCCCAACGCUUUGAGCACCAUCUUCAUGAUAACAUUAAGGCGGAUAAGGUUCGUUCGGGAUUCGAUAAAAAGAUGUCGCUCUCGGAGAUAGCUUCUUGCAGCUAUGAGGCCCGAAAGAAGGGCAUCCGCAAUGGCAUGUUUGUGGGCCAGGCCUUGAAAAUGUGCCCGGAUCUAAAGACCAUUCCCUACGACUUUGAAGGAUACAAGGAAGUGGCAUUUACUUUGUACAACACGGUGGCACAAUACACUUUGAAUAUAGAGGCGGUGAGCUGUGAUGAAAUGUUCGUAGAGCUCACGGAUCUAGUGGAUGAUCUGAAAGUGGAUGUUAUGGCUUUUGUAGGCCAUCUCAGGCAGGAAGUGCACACCAAAACUGGGUGUCCUUGCUCAGCGGGUGUGGGAUCCAAUAAGCUUUUGGCUCGCAUGGCUACAAAAGAGGCCAAACCGAAUGGCCAGUACUUGUUGGAUCACGACCAAGAUUUGCUGGCCUAUAUGGCACCCACUCCCUUGGAGUCUCUACCUGGUGUGGGCAGCAGCAUGAGCUACAAGCUGGGUCAGGUUGGCUUGUCCAGCUGUGGUGACGUCCAAAAGAUCACUCUCGAAAAGUUAGAAUCUGUGCUGGGCAAGAAACAGGCCCAAACCUUAUACCAGAACUGUCAAGGAAUUGAUACGCGUCCCUUGAACUAUGAACAGCAACGCAAGCAAGUCUCUGCCGAGGCCAACUAUGGCAUCCGUUUCACCAAAACUAUCGAGGUUGAGAAUUUUCUACGUCAGCUUGGCGCCGAGGUAACCACUCGUCUAAUAGACGCCAAACGUAGGACAAAGUCUAUCAAUCUCAAGAUCAUGGUGCGCGCUGCCGAGGCCCCUGUCGAAACGUCCAAGUUCAUGGGCCACGGGGUCUGCGAUGUGAUCAACAAGUCAUCCGUUCUCAAACAUUCCACGGAGGACGUUAAUGUGAUUACAUCGCAUGUUCUUAAUAUGAUGAGGGAGGCUCAUUUGCCACCGAAUGAACUACGCGGUAUUGGGAUACACUUGAGUAAACUGGAAGAUGUCAACGUGGUGCGCAAAGAGAACGUUCUUAAAAACAUGUUUGUCAAAAUUUCAGAGAAAAAGAAAGACCAAACUAUAGUGGAACCACAAGAAGUGCCUGCAAAGGAAACCAAACCCAUUCCAGAGGAGACUAAAGUCAAGCCAAAGGGAAAAAAAAGCGUACUUAGCAUGUUGACAGCGGCCGCUGGUCGGAAAUCUUUAAAUGAGGAUAGAGUGCGAAAAGAGUCUUCUCGAAAUUAUGAUUUUUUUAAGGGAGAUGAAACGGGUCCGGCUUUUUCUACAGAAGGUCAAUUUGACCCUGAAGUUCUAGCUCAGUUACCGGACGAUAUUCGUCGUGAGGUUCUCGCCUUUAAGGAACAGCACCUUCGCCCCUUCGCCGAAACUGAAGAAACUGGUCGGUCUCCCAGUAAGAAAUCAAAACGAGGCAAUCGCACUCCAUCGCCAGCACAAACUCCGGCCUUCUCUCCGGCCUGCGGUCAGAGUCCAUUAAAUGAAAUCGAUCUCCAACCAUCAACCUCAAAAGCCGCCAUAGCUCGUUUGGAGAUGAGAGCCUCUCGCAAGGAGGACGAAUUUCGUUGUCGGUCCGAUCAAAUUGUAUCCGAUUAUAUUGAUGAGCUUCCAAAGUAUAAUCACCCAGCUAUUCUUGAUUACAUUUCUAGGCCGGUGGAAGAAGUUCCCUGCAUCGAGGUGCGCAAUUUCCUGCUCCAGGCAGACUAUAAGAAUCUGCUAAACGAUUGGGUAACCAAUGAGGAAGUGCCCGCGCCGGCAGACGUGGAUUUGAUGCAUGGUCAGAUCUACAACUUGGUUAAAGCGGAUAAAAUGGCCCAAAUCUACGAAGUGAUGAAGCACCUAUGCCGUCUUAUUAACUCCAAACGAAGCACAUCAUGCCCCUGGCACAUGGCUUACAACCACAUCGAGUCGGAUAUUCAAAAGAGAAUGAUUGAGGUGCAGGGCUACAAUAUGUACUUCACCGAGACCAUCCGCUGCUAUAAGUGUGUAGGAUAACCAAAUAUUUUUUU